GAAAUGGUUACAAAUUGAAAUUAUAUUUUGUUGCAACGGUUAGAAAAAAAUCAAAUUAUUUUUCAGAACCUUACAAAUUUUUUUCGACGUUGAAGUCAACUUCAUGCCAAAAAGCGCUAAGCUCGUUCUUUUCGGAAAAAUAUUUUUUCAACAUGGGUCGUAUGCACGCUCCUGGUAAAGGUAUUUCGCAAUCUGCGUUGCCUUAUCGUCGAUCAGUUCCAUCAUGGCUUAAAUUGAAUGCUGAAGAUGUCAAGGAACAAAUCAAGAAACUCGGAAAGAAAGGAAUGACUCCUUCUCAAAUUGGCAUUAUUCUCCGAGAUAGUCACGGUGUUGCACAAGUGCGCUUUGUCAACGGAAAUAAAAUCCUCAGAAUCAUGAAAGCAGUUGGUCUCAAGCCCGACAUUCCGGAAGAUUUAUAUUUCCUCAUUAAGCGUGCCGUAAGCAUCAGAAAACAUUUGGAACGUAAUCGUAAAGAUAUUGACAGCAAAUUCCGAUUGAUUUUGGUAGAAUCAAGAAUUCAUCGAUUGGCUCGCUACUACAAAAACAAAGCCGUUCUUCCACCAACAUGGAAAUAUGAAUCAGCCACUGCAUCAGCUUUAGUGGCUUAAGUUAAUAUUAAAGUGUAAUGAGAAGAUUGUGAAAUAAAUUAAAAUAUUUCAUGUGAAGAUUCAGUUGUUAUUAUUAUUAAGUAAUGUUUAUGAAUCUUUCAGUAUUUUGUGGAAAUUGGGAAUUUCAAUUUGAAAAUUUGGGACACAUAAGAUCC